CUUCCUAGCGUCAACUUAGCAUCUAAACUAAACAAGAAAUCCAGCACUGAAAAAAGAAACAUGAAGCUGAUUUCCCUAGUGUUUAUAUCGUCUUGUGUACUGCUCAGUGCAUACGUCCACCAAACAGAAGCAGGCAAGUUGAAGAAACUACUACCACUGCUCCUACUUGGGGCAGCAGGCGGUGGCGGCAAAAGCGUGAUCCCACUCCCACUCCCAAUACCCAUCCCACUGCCAAUAUCGACAGGCAGUUAUUCCAGCUACGAUCACUACGGCUAUGGUGGCGGUUACGGUGGCUACGGUCAUGGUGGCGGUUACGGUGGCUACGGUCAUGGUGGCGGUUACGGCCUUGGUGGCGGUUACGGCGGCUAUCUCGGAGGGAGUUACGGCGGUUAUGGUGGCUACGGCCUUGGUGGCGGUUAUGGUGGAUGGUGGUAGAAGUUAACAUCAAAUCAUAGGCAUAACAAUUUUUUACAAACCUGUAUAUCAUUUCAAUGUAUGGUAAUCCUAAAACUAACUUUCGUUUGUUCAUAUUAUUGUGUUUUACAUCUAUGUACAUAUAUUCAAACUGUGGGAUUGAUAUUGUAUAUUAUAGUGAAAGGUAAUAAAAUAUCUGUGUAGUAAAGAA